UCGUCGCCAGCUUCAAUUAUUGCGGCAAUUAACCAGCUUAAGAAGGGGGCAGAAGUAAUGAUACUCUCGGCUGAGUUAAUGCGCGAUCGGAUUGCUACUCUUGAGAGAGCUAAUACAGUAGUAUCAGAGCGUAGGCGGCGUAAGAAGAAGCGGAUACAGAAGCGUGGAGUCCUUACAAAGGGAGCUGGAGAGGAUAUACUCGCUCAACGUGAGGCUGAUGAGCAGAUUACUCGUGAGGAGCGUCAGGGAGGAGAGCGAUCAGGUGUCAGCCGCCAGGCUCUAGCGCGCUGUAGUAGGUGCAGAGAGACUGGCCAUAACUCACGUACAUGCAAGAAAGAUACUCUAGAUAGUAAUUAA